AUGGCGACGGGUGAACCAUCGGCACGUUGGUCGGCCAUGCAGGCGCAUCGGCAGGCAGCGGCCAAGCGGGAGGCUCAGGCGGAAGCGCUCACCACCAAGGCAGCGCGGGCGGAAAUGGGUGAUGCUAUUGAGCGCUACAUGGAUCGUGAAUUGCGCCUACCCAUGGGACCACCCACAGGCUACGUUGACCUUGAAAACGUGCAGGUGGCCUCUCUGGACCAGCACAUCCCGCAGGCCAAGGCCGAGAAGCAGGAGCAAAUUCAAGCUGCUGUCAAGGCUCAAAACCAAGUCUUUCUAUGCGAAGUCUGCAACAAGCAGUACACAAAGAUUUCCGAGUAUGAAAAUCAUCUCUCCUCCUACGAUCAUCACCACCGCAAGCGCCUCAAAGACCUCAAAGCCCUCUCUGCCCGCCACAGUAAAGAAUCGAAGAAGAGAGAAAAGGAGGAAAAGCAAAAGAAGAAGAAGAAGAAGAAAGGCGAGUCUGAUGAGGAUUUGGCUGCUCAGAAGGCAGCCGCCUUGUCCUUUGGCAUUAUUCGCAAGAAAACAACGAGUACUGGCGGUGCUAUCGGUGGUGGGGGCCAAGUCGAGGCAGCUCCGCCAUCGUCAAACCCUCCCGCCCAAAGUGGAGCAUCCACUAGUCCAUUCAUGCAGACGGCUGGAAAAGGAGAAGGAAAAGAUCGAGCUUCUUCUAGCUCAGAGACUGGGGGGCAACGACCGCGCAUGCUACGCUUUGAGCGAGCAGCUCAAGGCCUGCCUGGAACCAUGACGACAAUCACGAAGCAGAUGUCCUCCACAACAGCUGCCGAUUCCCAGGCCCCCACCGCGAUUCAAACAUCGCCUUCGUCUCUGCCCCCGCCCCCGCCUCCUCCCUCCAAUCCGGUUCUGGCGCCGGUCUCGCAGACCCCCACAUCAGGACUCUCGCAACAGUCUGUGCUCGCCACAACUUCCGCAGCAGUUACCACGACAAGCAGGCCGGCACCGAGCACCGAACCCGUGCGCCAGGCGACGGCCACCACACCGCAAUCUGGCGCAACCCAGCAGCAGGGCCAUCACCCCAGUGCGCCAGGCCAUGGGGCGACUGCCCCAUCGUUUGCCGGCCAAGCGUAUCCACAAUAUGCGGUGGGCCAGGGCUACCCGGCCCACCACUACCAGCAAGGCUAUGGAGCUUGGCAAAACGGAGGCUAUGGUGGGCAGUAUGCCUCGCCCCACCAAACUCAGCAUCAGUACCAAUCGCACCCGCAGUAUCACCAGUACCAACAGUACCAAUACCAGCACUAUCCACAGCAGCAGCAACAACAACAACAACAACCAGGCCACUGGCCUCGGUAA